AUGCCUCAUUACCGUGCUCUGAAUGAAAUCGGCAGUCCGCUAGAUGUCACCGUUCACACGCAGUUCGCUCUCCGCUGGGCCACAAGUCCCCGGGGGUACGGCGAAGUGCUUUUGAAAUGGGCCAGUCCUUGGUCUCUCAUCUGCCUUCUGUUCAUGAUAUUAGAGCUGUUCGCAUCGCAAGGUCGCCAAGUUGUCCACCAGAUUAGCUUUAUAGCUGCCAGCAAUAAAUCCGAGCUGGCGACUGCUGUUGCUGUUGCUGUUGCUACUUUUGGCCCGGAUAGUAACCAGGCGCUCGCUUCGACUGUUGGACCGCUUAUCGAAGUUCUAAUUUUGUUGGGCCUCGUGUAUGCCGUGACAUUGGUGGCAAAGAAGUUGGUUUGGAAGGAUUAA